AUGGCGAUGAAGGCGAUGUUGCUGUCUUUGGUGGCCAGUUGUCUGGGCGAGGCAGUCCAUGAGAAGCUUUUGGAGGCCGAGCAGAUGGAGGUCAACUCGAUGGUUGAUGGACAUGGCGCUGUGGAGGUUGCCGAUGAGAAGCCCUUCUGGAAGAAGGGGCAGAAGUACGACCCGGAGGUGGAGCAGGCGCUGAAGUCCGCCAACCUCUCGAAGGAUGAGCGUGCUGAGGUGGAGAAGACCUUGGACGAGCUUCUCAACAAGUCCAACCUCACCAAGCGAAGCUCUCUUUUGCAAGUGGAGAAGCCGAGCACUGCAUUGAAGAACCACAGCGAGAGCGUGUCGGUGAAGGGCACCGACCCGCGGCUCAAGGCGCUCAACGACCAGCACGGCAACCUCACCCGCUAUGUGCACGGCCAGGCGGACAUCGUGGCGCACACCUCCGCGGAUUUGUCCCGGAAUCAGGAGGAGGUGGACAAGCAGGCCAUGGAGGUAGCGGCCGCGGGGGAGCUCUAUGACAAGGCGCAUCAGGAGUCCAAGCGGGCGGAGGAUGCCUACAAGGCUCACCUGGUCGCCGUGGCCGUGGCCAAGAAGCACCGGGACGACUUGAAGAAGAAGACCGACGACGCGAAGAAGACCUUGGAGCAGAUGGAGCCCAAGUACAACGCUGCGGAGUACCAGCUGGGCAUCCUCCUCUCCAAGACCCCGGAGCUGAAGGAUCAUGCCAGGACCAAGGAGGAUGAGGAGGCCAAGAAGGGCGACGAGCUGGAGAACGCCGCGCAGAAGAAGAAGGAUAUGCAGGACAAGCUGUCGGGGGACGACAAGGCCCUGCAGGCCGCGAUUGCAAAGCUCAACGGCCUGAACACGGACUUGAAGCGCGUGGAGGAGAAGGUCGAGAAGUGGAGCGCUGCAAGCGCACUCCACGCGCCCUUCGCCGCCUUCGCCGCUGCGCUGCUGGCCUUCCACUUCUGA